AUGAAAGUUCAAGAGUUGUUAGACUCAAAAAUCCUUACUGUUGCAAAUUCUCACCAGAAGAAACGGACAAAUGUUGUGGAAGAUAUCUUGGUUGCUGAGGGCUCAAGUGAUUCUAUUAAACCAAAACGCCUCACCAUCUUUUACCGUGAAAAGCCAGAUGCACCUAGCUGCAGUCGGAAACCAAUCACUAUCACGGUCCCAGCUCCUUUCGAGUAUAAAAGUUCCAAAGCAGUGCCUUGGAAAUAUGAGUGCAAGGUAACUGUAGGGCAAGAUGUAUCAUCUCCUUCACUCCCAGUUGACAAUAUCACUGGAGUGGGAGGUUUGACACGAACUGGGAGAUGUUAUACACCGGAUAGCCUGCUAAAGCGCGUGAAUGAAACUACUAGUGAAAAGAAUAAAGAGAAAGCAAGUGAGAAGAAGAAGGAGAAAGUGGAAGAGGAUAAGAAAGGGAAGGCCAAACUCCACGAGGAUGUCCAUGAUGAACUGGUGGAGGAAGAGACUCAAGAGUUUCUGAAGCUAGUGAAGCAAAAUGAAUACAAAGUUAUUGAACAAUUAGGUCGGACACCCGCAAAGAUCUCUAUAUUAUCUUUAUUGUUAUCCUCUGAAGCGCAUCGGAAUGCACUGUUAGAGGCCUUGAAACAGGCUUUCGUUUCACAAGACAUCACAGUGGAUAAUUUGAGCAACGUUGUGGGGAAUAUAAUGGCAUCUAGCUGCAUCACUUUUACAGAUGAGGAGAUACCACCAGAGGGUACAGGACAUACCAAAGCUCUCCACAUCUCAGUUAAGUGUAAAAACUUCCUAAUAGCAAAAGUCCUUGUGGGCAAUGGAUCUUCUUUAAACAUAAUGCCAAGAUCCACGCUAGAGAAGUUACCCGUUGAUAUGUCCCAUAUGAGACCUAGUACUGUGAUAGUAAGAGCUUUCGAUGGAGCUCGCAACGCUGUCGUUGGGGAUAUUGAGAUCCCGAUCCAGAUAGGUCUUUGCACCUUUGACAUAACAUUUCAGGUUAUGGACAUCACAUCAGCUUAUAGUUUCUUGCUGGGGCGACCGUGGAUACAUUCGGCAGGAGCAGUUCCAUCCACUUUACAUCAGAAAAUUAAGUUUGCGGUUGACCAAAAGUUAGUGAUCAUAUCGGGACAAGAAGACAUUCUAGUCUCAAGGCUUGCUUCGAUGCCAUACGUUGAAGCAGCAGAAGAAGCUUUUGAGUCUUCAUUCCAAUCAUUCGAGAUUGCAAAUGCUACAACUUUACAUGGGAAGUUUGGAAGACCUAAGCCACGACUUUUAGAGGCCGCCUUUAAAGUAAACAACGGGAGUUUAGACAAGCUGCUGAGGAUGGCUAAAAACACAAGGAGGUUCGGGCUAGGAUAUAAGCCAAAUAGAGGUGACAUUAUUAGAGUGCGGAGUAUGGAAAAAGCAAAACGCCUCUCAAGAUUUGAGAAUGGGGAGCGUGAUUACUCUAGGAGGACUGUUCCACCUCUCAGCCACUCUUUGAGAAGUGCCGGCACAAUCCAUCAGGAGUACGAUGAGAGCUCUGUAGCGGCAGCAGUGACAGAAGAAAGAGAGCAAGUCGAACCUUUUGUCUACCCGUGCCCAGACGGUUUCAAGCUAAGCAAUUGGAGCGUUAAUACUGAGAUUGAAUGCGAUAAUGAUUCGAAAUACGAGCUCGAUACACCUAUAUACAAUAUUGAAUCUGAUGAGGAAAUAGAUGACGAGCCCUCUGCUGAGUUAUUGAGAAUGCUAGAAGAAGAAGAAAAAAUGUUGGGACCCCAUGAAGAAUUAACUGAGACACUUAACUUGGGAUCACAAGCCGAAGCCAAAGAGAUUAAAAUAGGCACUCAUAUGUCUUCAGAGAGUCGCAAAAAGUUGAUAGAGUUACUUCAUGAGUAUGCUGAUGUUUUUGCUUGGUCCUAUCAGGAUAUGCCUGGUUUAGAUACAGACAUCGUAGUGCACAAAUUGCCGACCAACCCAAAGUUCAAGCCGGUGAGACAGAAGUUACGGAAAAUGAGGCCAGAUAUGUUGAUCAAGAUAAAGGAUGAAGUAAGGAAGCAAAUCGAUGCAGGGUUCCUUACGGUAUCUAAUUACCCUGAGUGGGUGGCAAACAUUGUCCCUGUACCAAAGAAAAAUGGACAAGUAAGAAUGUGUGUUGAUUAUAGAGACUUGAAUCGUGCAAGUCCAAAAGACAACUUCCCGCUUCCUCAUAUCGAUGUGCUGGUUGAUAAUACUGCUUGGUUCUCAACCUUCUCCUUUAUGGAUGGGUUCUCAGGCUACAAUCAGAUCAAGAUGGCACUUGAGGAUCGUGAAAAAACCACAUUCAUUACGCUAUGGGGAACUUUCUGCUACAAAGUUAUGUCAUUUGGGCUAAAAAAUGCUGGGGCAACCUACCAGCGUGCCAUGGUUACUCUCUUUCAUGACUUGAUGCACAAAGAAAUUGAAGUUUACGUGGAUGAUAUGAUUGCCAAGUCAAAACAGGGCGAGGAGCACACAACUAUUUUAAGGAAGCUGUUUGAUCGAUUGAGGAAGUUCAAAUUGAAACUCAAUCCCAACAAAUGCAUAUUUGGGGCAACCACUAGAAAACUCCUUGGUUUUGUAGUAAGCCAAGAAGGCAUUAAAGUUGACCCGGAUAAAGUCAAAGGAUUUCUAGGACGACUCAACUACAUCGCAAGGUUCAUAUCUCACUUAACAGCAACUUGCGAACCCAUCUUUAAAUUGCUCCACAAGAACAACGAUGGGGUAUGGAGUGAAGAUUGUCAAGCAUCAUUCGAUAAGAUUAAGCAGUAUUUGCAAGACCCUCCAAUUCUUGUGCCACCAACUCCAGGACGACCCCUUAUUUUGUAUCUCACAGUGACUGAAAACUCAAUAGGAUGUGUACUAGGGCAGCAUGAUGAUUCAGGCAGGAAAGAACAGGCUAUAUAUUAUUUAAGUAAGAAGUUCACCGAUUGCGAGACUAGAUACUCUCAAGUAGAAAAAACUUGUUGUGCUCUAGCUUGGGUUGCUCGACGUCUAAGACAAUACAUGUUGUAUUAUACCACAUGGCUCAUUUCAAAGAUGGACCCCAUAAGGUACAUUUUUGAAAAGCCGUCUCUCUCGGGUCGAAUUGCAAGGUGGCAGGUCCUCUUGUCCGAAUAUGAUAUUGUUUAUGUGACUCAAAAGGCUAUUAAGGGGAGUGCUUUGGCCGACUACCUAGCUCAACAACCUAUAAAUGACUACAUACCGGUAAAGUUCGAUUUUCCAGAUGAGUAUAUCUCCACCAUAACUGCAAGUGAGGAAAGUUUAGACCCGCAAACUUGGACCAUGAUGUUUGAUGGUGCCUCUAACGAGUUAGGUCAUGGGAUUGGGGCUAUUUUGAUAUCACCAAAAGGGGAACUAUACCCUCUUACCGCUAGAUUAUGUUUUGACUGCACACAUAAUAUGGCCGAGUAUGAAGCAUGCUCGAUGGGCGUCCAAGCUGCUGUUGAUAUGAAGGUUAAAAAAGUUUUUGGGGAUUCUAUGCUAGUAAUUCAUCAACUAAGAGGAGAAUGGGAAAUAAGAGACGUUAAGUUGUUGCCUUACAAACAACUCAUAACAGAAUUGUCACAAGAAUUUGAUGAAAUCUCAUUUGAUUAUUUGCCAAGAGAAAAUAAUCAAGUAGCAGAUGCAUUGGCAACAUUAGCGGUGAUGUUCAAUUUAGAACUCAAUGAGGAUGUCCGUCCGAUUAAAGUUGGGAGGAGAGAUGUCUCAGCUUCUUGUAUGAGCAUUGAGGAAGAACCCGAUGGUAACCCCUGGUUUCAUGACAUCAAGCAAUAUAUAAAGAGUAAAGAGUAUCCACCAAAUGCUUCAGAAAAUGAUAAGCGCACCCUUCGCAAGUUGGCAAUGAAGUUUUUCUUAAACAGAGAGAUACUGUACAAGAGAAACCAUGACAUGGUUCUCCUAAGGUGCGUCGAAUGAAGAGAUGCCAAUAGGAUUAUGGAAGAAGUUCAUGAAGAAGUGUGUGGCACUCAUGCAAAUGGACACAUGAUCGCUAGACAAAUUUUAAGAGCUGGCUAUUACUGGCUGACUAUAGAGACAGAUUGUAUUAAAUAUGCAAGAAAAUGUCACAAAUGUCAAAUUUACUCGGACAAGACUCAUGCUCCUGCUUCUCAUUUGCAUACUUUGACAGCUCCUUGGCCUUUCUCUAUGUGGGGCAUGGAUGUGAUAGGACCUAUCGAACCUAAAGCAUCAAAUGGGCACCGAUUCAUUUUGGUAGCCAUAGAUUAUUUUACUAAAUGGGUAGAAGCAGCUUCUUACCGAGAUGUGACAAAAGGAGUUGUAGUCAAAUUCAUCAAGAAGGAAAUUAUUUGUCGUUAUGGUCUUCCUGAAACCAUAAUUUCCGAUAAUGCAAGGAAUUUGAACAACAAAUUGAUGAGUGAGCUCUGUGAGCAGUUUAAGAUCAAACAUCUCAACUCAACCCCUUAUCGACCUAAGAUGAAUGGUGCAGUAGAAGCCGCCAACAAAAACAUAAAAAGAAUAGUUGAAAAGAUGACUGUAACUUACAGAGACUGGCAUGAAAUGCUUCCAUUUGCCUUACAUGGUUACCGCACCUCAGUCCGUACUUCAACUGGGGCAACACCAUUUUCUUUAGUUUAUGGUAUGGAAGCUGUUCUCCCUAUUGAAGUAGAAAUUCCAUCAUUGAGAGUUAUCAUGGAAGCUAAGUUACAAGAGGCUGAGUGGGUCCAAAGACGUUAUGAGCAGCUAAACUUUGUAGAAGAAAAGAGGUUGACGGCAUUAUACAGAGGACAACUUUAUCAAAGAAGAAUGAUGAAAGCCUAUGACAAGAAGGUGCACUCAAGAAGGUUUAGAGAGGGAGAUUUAGUUCUAAAAAGAAUUCUCCCAUUACAGAAAGAUCAUCGAGGCAAAUGGACCCCGAAUUAUGAAGGACCAUUUGUGCUGAAAAAGGCUUUCUCCGGAGGAGCACUAGUUCUGGCCAACAUGGAUGGCACUGAAUUUUUAAAUCCAAUCAACUCAGAUCAUGUUCGAAAAUAUUAUGCAUAG